CCUCUGGCAAUGUCUUUUCGGCGUCAUGGCCGGAGCACGAUGAGAAGAACUUGCCUGAGCUGAGGGAGGAAGCAGAUUCUCCUCCUCUUUACCACCGCCAUUGCCCAACAGUGCAAAGGAAGAAAGCAUCUGUCGCAAACCCAUGCCGCAAAGAAAUGCCAUGCGUGCAACCAAAGCUUUCGGCCCAAAUCACCAUCAAGCAUCCAAACACCACACAUUGCCACACUGGCGCGCCAUUUUGACGUACGCUCUGUAAGCGGCAAGAAAAGAAAACCAUCUCUUGUUUGCGUGAUGAUGCACGCGUCAAAGCCAGGAGCAGCUGAGCUCGGCCGCCUCCAUGGACCUGGGCCUGGACCUCGCCGUGCAGCUUCGCGAGACCAUCCCCGGCGCCGACUUCGCCUUCACCACCGCCGACACCCGCGCCGCCUUCCUCCUCCUCGCCCACCUCCCCGGGUACAGCAAGGAUGAGAUCGAGGUGCGGGCGGGCGAGGGCGGGCGGGAGAUCUCCAUCGUGGUGGGCGCGAGGAAGGAUGAUGGUGGGGUCGCGGUGGAGGCGUCGGCCGGAGGACGGCGGGUGCGGGUGGCGCACCGGCGGCGCGUGGAGGGGUUCCGGCGGGAUUUCGCCGUGCCGGACGGCGUCGAGGUCGGCCGCAUCUCCGUCGGGUUCGAGGAGGACGACGCGCUGCUCGUCGUCGUCUUGCCCAAGCUGCUCCCGCCCACGCCGGCGGCGGUCGACGAUGAAGGCCUCGACGUGGUGAGCACGGACGACAGCGAGUUCGUCUCAGAGGUGGUGCUUAGCGAUGGCGGGUCGGAGACGAGCCUCGAGCUGGAGCAGGAGGACUGGGUCGACGUCGAGUCGGAGCCCGAGCCCGAGCCCGAGCCGCCUUGGGAUGUUCCCGUGGAGGUAGAGGAGCCCGCUCCUCCGGCGCCGGCUCCGAGGGACGUGCCGGUGGAGACUCCGGUGCAGGUCGAGAUCGCGGUGGAGACGGCGGUGGAGGUCGAGGAGGAGCCGCCGGUGAUGGUGGAUAUCGAGUGCGACGUGGUGUUCGAGGUGCCGACGGUGUACAGGGAGCUAGCCGUGGAGACGCCCAUCGAAGUGCUCGAGCCGCCCCCGCCGCCGGUGGCUGACAUCCCGGGCCCGCCGCCUGUCGAUAUCCCAUGCGACGUCGUGUUCGAGCCCCCUCCGCCGCCCGUGGUCGAGGAGCCCAAGCCGCCGCCUGCAGUCGAGGGGUUGGUGAGGGAGCCGGAGCUGCCGCCUGUGGAACCACCCGAGCCGGUGCCGGAGCCUCCUCCGCCGCCGGUCGACCCACCGCCGGUACCAGGGCCUCCUCCGCCGGUGGACCCACCUGCACCGGUGCCGGAGCCUCCGCCGUCUCCGCCGCCGGUACCCGAGCCUCCUCUGCCCGUGGAACCACCCGUGCCGGUGCCCGAGCCUCCUCCUCCGCCGGUACCCGCUCCUCCUCCGCCCGUGGACCCACCCGCACCGGUGCCGGAGCCUCCGCCGCCGCCGCCCCUGGACCCACCGCCACCGCCAGUUCAGGAGCCGCCGCAGAUUGAUCCACCAACGGAGAAACCGAACCGAGAGCAGAGCGGUGAAUCAGGUGGCAGCGAUGAAUCGGAUGGCGGCGGAGGCGGCGGCGGGGGAAGGGGGAGGCGACGCGGCGGCGGGAGAGGGCGUCGGGGGCGCAGGCGGCGCGGCAGGUUCUCGAUGGGCAUGGUAGUCGCCCCCGCCUUGGUCCUGCUCGGUCUCGCGCUCAUUGCAGCCAGGCGGCGGCGGCAACAGCGAGGGGGGUGACACGUGGCUCGGCUAUUUAGUUAAUGCUAUACUUUAUGUGCAAAACUGAAUUUUCGUGUGGUUUCUCUUGACAGUAGAACUUUCGUGCGAGUAGAACUGUUGGUUAUAUUGCGUGGUAUUUUCGUUUCCUUGUGUAAGUAUAAGGAUUGUAUAUUCUUUUCUUUUCGAGAGGCUGCAAGAUCAGUACUUCUAAAUUGUGGGAAGUGUGGAUGGUCUCUUGUAAAUUUUCAGCGUUCUAGGAUGAAGUUUCAGCUCAAAUUGCAAAAUUUGCAGCAUGAAAAUGCUUUUAGAAA